AUGGACGUCCGGGUCGGGGCGCUGCUGCUGACGCAGCUGUUGGUGGGAGUCGAACUCGGGAAGCGGGGGUUGCAGGAUCAGGACGUGCUGUUUCCAGGUAAGGCGCCCAGGACGCGCGCUUCCCUGCGUAAGGCACCUGGGCCGGAGCGCAAAGGGCGCCUCAUCUUUUUCUCUCCCCGACUCCAGCACGCGUGCGGUUUCCCGGAGAGCCCCUUCCCUUCGCGCACCCCAGUGGGCGAGGGCACGAGGGUGAGCCUGCCUCCUGCAGCUCAGCCACGUGUCCGACUGUCCAUCCCAGGGCCCUGUGGCCGACAGACCAUCCACUCGCUCGUGAUGGGCGGACAAGAAUCGGUGCACGGGCGCUGGCCGUGGAUGGGCAGCCUGCGCCUGCCUAAAGGCCACCACUGCGGAGGGACCCUGCUCAACCACCGCUGGGUGCUCUCGGCCGCGCACUGCUUUGUAAAAAGACCUGUUGACGGUAUCCCGCAUGAGCCCCAGCAGCAGCCCCGGCAGUCUCACCGAGGCUGGGGACAAAUGGCUCUGCUGCCUCCCUACAAUCUCCAGGAAGUGGAGGUCGCCAUCAUAAACAAUUCCAGGUGUAACUACCUGUUCGGACAGCCUAGUAUAUUCAGGGGAGUUGGCGAAGACAUGAUUUGUGCUGGUGCUGAGGAAGGCGGCAUUGACUCCUGCAGAGGUGACUCAGGUGGACCUGUGGUGUGUCAAAAGAAUGGGCUGUGGAUUCAGGUUGGAAUCGUGAGUGGGGGAUCGGGCUGUGGUAGGCCCAACCGGCCCGGUAUCUACACCAAUGUUAGUAGGUACUUCAGCUGGAUGCAGACGCUGGUGGGCCGCAGCACACCAAAGCCAGACCCCACUCAGCUGCUGCUGCCCCUCGCUCUGCUCUGGGCUGCCCCACUCCUGCAGCUGGCUGUACGCACCUGA